AUGUCCAAUAUUCAGCAUGAAUCUCACAAUCGAGCCCCACGACUCCAGACCAGAUUUCGAUCCAGCUGUGAUGCAUGUGGACAGGCAAAGAUCAAAUGCGACCGUGGCCGCCCUGCUUGUUCUCGCUGCAUCGCUCAAGGCCUGGGCUGCGUGUAUGGAGUCUCUAGGAAAGCUGGCAAGCCUCCACGACGGAGGCUUGCCAGCCCUCUGCAAGUCCGGUCGAGCCCCGGUAUGCCGGAGAUUCCAGAGAUUGGCCUCACUUGCAAUGACCAGGGCGAUCUUGAUAUGAUGCUCGGCCUGGCUGAGUCAAACUUGAUCCUCGAUGACCCCUUUUCUACCUCUCACGACAUCUUCCAGCCUUGGCUUUCGUUAAAUAACCUUGAAAGCCCAGCAAUACUGGAACCCGCCGAAAGAUCAACGGCGACGACACCGCCCAUUACAGCGGCACGCCAAUUUUGUACCCAGGAGUCCAAAGACAUCAUGCGUCGGCUAUAUUGCGCCAACCCUUCGGCUCCUAUUUCUGAUGGAGUGCCAGCACGUACAUUAGACCUCGAUUCAGUUCUGACACGUAAUCGCGACGUGGUAGGGCGCUUGGGGCUGCUUCUCAAAUGCCCCUUAUCUAGAGUCCUACUAUGGUACAAACAAGCUAUCUCGAACACGAACGACACAGGAAUGUCAUACCCACCAACUCCCGGAGCACCGGGCUCAACCACGUCAUCAACCAGCGGCGACUCACUUAGUAGCUCAGGCGCGGGAGCCACUAGUGAUAAGAUGGGAGUAUCCGUUCUCCGAACAGCUCUCACCGUGGGGACUUUCCAGAGCCAUGAUCAUGACUUGCAGGCGGCCUUGACGAACACUCUGAUUCAGAGCGAGCUGAAGAGAGUGGGAAGCCUCAUUACCGUGUUCCUUUCUCUGGGGACAGAGACAUACGACCCAGGGGCCGCUUGUCCCGCUGCUGAGGAACUGGGGACGAACUUGGCAGAUAAAAACUUGGUGGCCAGCCUUGGCGCCUGGCUUCAGACUGAGUAUAGGGGCAUAGUGGCCAAGGCGAGGUCAAGCUCCACCGCAGUAGAGUAG